UUUACCACCUUUACACAGCAUGGGUGUACCGAGAAUCUCUUAACACCCUGGCCUGCCAAGGAAGGAAGGAAUGGAAGGAUUACUCUUCUCCUUGUUGGCCUUCUCAUUAAUCAAACCAAUUGAAUUCCCAGUUGAAUGUCUAGUACAAAAAAUGUAAUAGUAACAUGAGAAUUAAAAUACACAAGAAUGGAGGGAGUACCAGUACAAUGUGCAGAGGUAUUUGAGGUAGAUGUGUUAUGGCUUGGGGGUUAUAUCUGUUCUACAAAAUAUAUGUAUAUCUGAAUGCUCUGCAAUCCUUCACCCUUAACAGACCCUGGGGGUGGUCCCAAAUGGCAGUCUAUUCCCUAUGUAGUGCACGACUGUUGACCAGGGCCCAUACCUAUUCCCUAUAUAAUGCACAGAAUAGGGAAUACCAGAAUAGGGUACCAUUUGGGAUGGUGUAAUGGGAGCGGUGUUCCUUGGGUGUUUCCAGUCGACAUGCGCCUGGGCAGCAGCAGGUAAGCCGCUGAAGUCAGUGACUUAUGUCAGUAGCAUAGUAGUUCAGGAGGGCUAAUCCUCCUGUAUCCUCAGACCUCACGCCCACUGCUCUUAAUCACCAACAGGUUGGGAGAGGCAGCAACAACACACACGACAUCAGUAACCCAGGCCUGAGAGAGGAAGAAGCACUACAGAGAAGAGGGACUGCUCACAGAAACAAGUACAGUGACCAGAAGAGCAGCAGGAGGAUGUCCUGUUUGGAUGAGGUUCCUUUUAAGACCCUUCUGGGAUCUCUGGAGGGACCCAGGGAAGAGGUGGAGCUGAUUGCUGCCCCAGACAUCACUGUCCCAGACUAUCUCACCAUACUGCAGGAGACAGAGUACAUGUUCAGCUUGGAGAACUGGGUGCUCCAGGGCCUCCAGGGAGGUUACCCCAGCCAGCCCCAACCAUCCGGCCCCAGAUCCCCAUCCGAGGUGCUCCCCUCCAGCCCACCCUACUGGCAUCUCUUCAGCAGCCCCCAGGAGAGCCGCCUGGCCAGCCGACACAGCUCUGACUUCUGGGAGCCCAACCCCCGCCAGCGCUCCCACAGCCUGAACCAGGUUGACAUGCGCACCCGGGUUAAGUUCGUCAUCUCCGACUCCGAGGAGGAAGAGGAGUGCUCUUCGUCAGGUUCAGGGUACAGGUCGGAUCAGCGUGUUCCUGGGGUGAGGAACCCACGGCAGACCUGCACCCCUAACGUCCUGAACCUACCUGUCUCUCAGAGUGGUCUGGUGACCAACCAGCGUAGGAAGAACCUCCGCCAGUACUCGCUGUCUGUUCUGGAGACCCCCAGAGAGUGUAUCCAGGGGACCCCCUGCCCCCCUGGAGGACCCAAGCCACCGUCCUCCUCAUCCCUACCCAGACACCCAUUGACCAGGGCCAACACAGAGAUUAUCCCCUCCAUCAGACACCACAAGCCAACACAUCCGUCCCUGAGUCCGUACUUCUGCCUGCCGGCCCUUCCCUCGGUGACCUCACGACCCCUGGGUUCCCACGCCGCGUCAGUACUGGACUCCUCGGUGGAGCUGCUGUCCGCGCUGAGCCCCGAAGAGAGAGAGCUGCUGCAAGCCAUCACUGAAAGGGGCUAUCCGCUCCACACCGCCAUCAUCGCCCUGCAGAAGACCGGCCAGCAGAGCCCAGAACAGAUCCUGCGCUAUCUGGUGGCCUGUGACAGACUGUGUGAGCGGGGCUACGACGAGGCUCAGGUGGAGGAGGCUCUGGAGAUGUUCCAGAACUGUGAGACUAAGGCUGAGGAGUUUCUUCACCUGCUGGCUCAGUUCAAUGAGAUGGGCUUCCAGCCGAACGCUAUCAAAGAGGUUCUGUUAGUCCACGAGAACCACCGCGAGAGGGCCCUGGAAGAGCUGAUGAUGCGUGUGGCAUGACAGGGUCAAUGUCUGCUCCCAUGAAAAAUACAUUGUAGGAGACAUACAUGCACCAACACAAACACAGUUCCUGUUUACUUGCCUGUUUACGACAAACAAUCAUGUUAGCAAAUGUAUCAUAUUAAAGGGAUAGUUCACUCAAACUAUAUUUUACUAUUUGGUUCAUUAGUCCACUGUUAAUGCAAUCCACAAAAAUGGUGUAUGUCACCAGUCA